AGUCACCCUCCCUCAGUGACGCUGUGUCUCUCGUGGGGUGAGGGUGUACGCUGCUUCUUCUCCUCGAUUCUGCCACGGACCUUAUUCCACCCCCUGAGGAACACCUGCCCCCAGCUCACCUGCAGAUUAAUUAGCGGUGGUUCGUUACCUUUAGGGACGCUCGAGACUUGUUUCAGCAGACAUGGCAGUAGCAGGAGGCGGGAUAAGCAGGGUGGCGGUGGCGGUGGUGAUGGUGGCGGCGGCGGCUUGUCUCUUGGCGCAGGGGGGGGCGGAGGGGUCUUCCCUGAGUAGGCGCAGAAGGCAAGGUAAUGAGGCGCCUGUGGAAUCUAUUCUCUUCGGCGAGCCAGCCACGGAGAGCACUAGUGACUGUAGAACGCCCGAUCGAGACCCAGGAAGAUGCACGCCGCUGUCAGAAUGUGCUUCGCUAAUGAAUGGACUCACCUCAAACAGAACCACGGCUUUCUUCUCCUUCCUGCAGGCGAGUGUGUGUUACUAUGACGAAGCAACACCAGUCGUCUGCUGUGGUGACUUGGAAACACCCCCAGCUGGUGAGGAACCCCCAAUCACCACCACCACCACCACUUCCAUCACCUCUAGCACCACCACACUCCCUCCCAACACCACCACUGCCUCCACCACACCCAGCACCACCACUGCUAGCACCACCAGCACCACCACACCUGCCCCCACCACCACCACCACAUCUGCUGACACUACACCUGUGUCCACCGAAGUUCCAGAAGAAACCACCACCACCACCACCACAUCCACAACCAGCAGCACCACCACUAUCAGCACCACCACCACCGCCGCCCCGACCACCAUCGAGGCGUCAGUAGUAGGGGCAGACCUCUUACCUGAAGAAGAGACCUGUGGCAAUAGUGACGAGCUGGCCAGAGUGAGGAUUGUGGGAGGAACGGAGCCCAAGGAAGGCUCGCACCCUUGGCUGGCUGCCCUGGGUUAUGAGAACAGCCGGGGCGACAUUACAUUCCUGUGCGGCGGUGCUCUGGUCACCAAUCAACACGUGGUGACUGCUGCCCACUGCGUGAAGGACCGACCUGACUUGACCGUCAUUCGCCUAGGGGACCACGAUCUGCAGAGGGAGGAUGAUGCCAGCCAUGAGGACUUUGAAAUACUGAAGUCGACUCUCCACCCAGAUUACAACACGCCCACCUCCUUCGCCAACGACAUAGCGGUCAUCAAGCUUUCCAGGCCUGUUAGCUUCAGAAAGGAUUUGUUGCCGGUGUGUCUCCCUCUCUCUGAGUCUCUGCACAACAAGUCUUUAGUGGCUUUCUUCGGAUACGUAGCUGGCUGGGGCGCUGUGUCCUUCAAUAACGUGUCCUCGCCUAUUCUUCUGCACGUGCGCCUUCCCAUCCUGAGCGAGACGGAAUGUGCCUUGAAAUACCGCCGCUUCAGGAACAUUGCUGUGGAUGAGACGACCCUCUGCGCUGGUGUGGGAGGGACGGACGCUUGCCAGGGUGACAGCGGCGGCCCGAUGGUGGUGUUCCUGGAGGGGAAGUGGCGUCUGACAGGGGUGGUGUCCUUUGGUUUUCGCUGUGCCGAGCCAAAUUUCCCUGGUGUUUAUACAAGAGUCACUCACUACACUGACUGGAUCAUCAAUUCGUUAGACUAAUUUGGGAUGUGAAGAGAGGAAGGAAGGGAGGAAGAAAGAGAGAGAAUGAGAGAGGGAUAGAGUGAGAGAAUAUAUGUAUUGGAGAGGGGAAUAGGUAAGGAUGUGAGAGAUAGACAGAGGGAUGUGGAGAGAGAGAGAGAGUGUGUGUGAGAGAGAGAGAGAGAGAUGCACAAAUAAAGAAAAUAAGAGAGAGAUAAAGAAAUGUAAGAAACUAUAGGAAAUUUUUCGUUAGAUAUGUUACGAAGAGAAAAUAAAGAAAAUAGAAAAAAAAAGAAAAAUUUGAGAGAAUUGAAUCUAUAAAGGAAA